AUGAACGAAAUUGAAAUUUGGGAGAUCUUGAUCCGUUGGGGAAAAGCUCAACUUGCAUCAAAUUUAAAAUUGGAUGAUUCACGAGAUGUUACUAAAUAUAGUCAGGAUGAUUUCACAACUUUGGGAAAAGUCAUUGAAAAAAUUUUGCCUUAUAUACGAUUCGACCAUAUUUGUCCAUCAGAUUUUAGAGAAAAAGUCGUUCCAUAUAAAUCUUUAAUAUCUAGCGAUGUUUACGAAGAAAUUUUGUGGAAGUAUAUAAUUGAUAGCAAAUUCAAAUUGCCACCUUCGGUUCAAAGACGUAUCGGCAGUAUAAAUUCUAAAAUAAUCAAGAAAAAACAUGCCGCCUUGAUUGCAAGUUGGGUCGAUCAAAAAGACAGUGCGUAUACUAAUGAUACAAUGCCAUACGAAUUUGUAUUGGAAAUUCGAGGCACGUACGAUGGGUUUUCUUAUGAGACAUUCAAAUCCAAAGGGGAUAAUAUAACUAACACAGUUAUUGUUGCACGAGUGAAGAAUAGCAAAGAAGUAAUUGGCGGAUACAAUCCUUAUAUUUGGAGACAUGAUCGGUGGAAAAGUUCUGAAGACUUUUGGAGACCUGAUACUAGAAGUUUUAUAUUCUCAUUUCCUGAUGGCGAAACAACAAAUAAUGCAAUUUUAAGUAGAAUUGAUCCGUAUUAUACCAAGUAUGCGAUGUAUAUUAGAAAAAAUAGCGGACCAGAAUUCGGAAAUCAAGAUUUUUAUAUGAGCGAUCGUUUCGACUUGAAAACUGGUGUAAGAUGUAGGAAAACAUAUUAUUUAAAGAAAAUACGAGACAGUGAAGAGUUUUUUGCAGUGGAUGAAUAUGAAUUAUUUAGAUUGGUUAGAAAGUGA